AUGUCAAGCAACGAAUGGUCCUCAAUGACGCGUGACGAGCAGCGAAUCGCCACUAUGAGAGAGGAGCAUGGUUUCAUACCCUUUGAGCCAAGCAACAAUCCUGCUUUACAUUUUCUCGCCACGGAUCCCGCGUUAAGGCGCGAUGUUUUUCCAGAAGACUGGACUGGUUUCACGAAAACAGCAGAAAGGGAGUUCCGGGCUCGUGUGAAAAAACUUGGCGCUGAGAUAUCAGGCAUCAACGGCAUACCGAUUCCUCCUGAUAUGCCUCUGUUAUGGAUCAAAGCACGCCGAGCAAACCAGCUUUAUACAUACGACAGAAACAAGGAUCUAGUUUAUCUGCUUUCGCAUCAUCUUCCUCCUUCGUGGAUUCGCAUACGGAGGGGCUUGUUGGCUGAUUUUGUACGCAUAGCGGGUGCGCGAACAGUCAUACCGCAACCUACGCCGACCAGUGACAAUACCCUAGUAGCUGGACGAGGACAAUAUAUCAGCCACCAGCCACGGGAAUACAUCCAGAGAACUUCCAAUAUACCGGAAAUGCCACAAAGUAUUCCGCUCGUCAAGCAGGACAAUGGAGUGGGACAGGGAUCCACGAUGUUGUCUCACCACUCCCAAGGCCCUUCUCAACCAACUUCCGACUGGUUGGAAGUGGCACAAACCAGGCUUGCCAGUAAGCCCAGCGUAGGGACGGCCCAGCGUUGCGGCUAUCCGCCGGAUCCCAAUUAUUUCAGUGCUUUGCCUGAUCAAGAGGUGCCUGCCCAUCAACCACAGACAGUACCGGGGACGUCAAACAUUCGAAAGAGGAGUCAGAACGAAGUCUGGGAUCUCCCGUUCUGGGAUCUCCCGUUUCCUAAGGCCGCAAAACUCUGCGAUGAUUAUCCUGAGAUUACUGCUGCUACAAAAGCUGCCCACGACCUGGGCGCUCGUCUGGAGAACGAUGGUGGCCAAAGAAGACAAGGCUUGGAAGCUUGCGGAGUCGAUCACUCAGCCGAAAAGGCGGCGAUGGUCAACAGCAAUCCCAACUUGGCUGCCAUGGAUUCACUGGAGACCCAGCGACGAAUGGUUGUAAGUAAUACCAGCGACUUCGAGGCGUUACAUCAAGCACCAUACGAUGCUCGGCAUGAUACUCGGCACGCUACCGCAUACGACACCAGCAUCAACCAAGCUGUCAGCAGCACCGCCUCCCGCACGAACAAUGGCCCCGAAGCCCGCGGACAGGUCCGCGAAGGGAUUGACGCUGCAGUCGCUCGGGUGGACACUGCAAAAGCGGCUACAACGGAUGAUUCCUUUCUGCCAAUCUAG